UUGAAUUUGCGCUCCAGUUCACUUUUCGCAGCAUACUUUCGGGCUGCCGCUUUUAAAUAGUGAGUGCGGAAAAUUGAUUAAGCAUGGCUUUGGUAGCACAUCGCAUGAUGUUGCCGGCGCGCCAUCGACGCACCCAUCAGCAGCUGGCCCGGAAUAAAGUGGGCGUGUUGGUGGUGCCCAGCGUGGCAGAGUUUUACAACAACAGUGAGCCGCAACCGAAGGCCCAGUUGCAAGUAGAGGCGGCGCAGCAGCAUUUCCCGGUAAAUGGUGACAACAACAAUGGCAAAGUGAGUGCAACAAGUUAGCCAGAAAAUGCAAAAGAACAAAAAACAAAUAAAUUUUCGAUUGCAUGUUGCUACCAAUUUGCCAAAGUA